AGAGUACAUUUUCAAGAUUCAGUCGAACAGGAUUGAUCCACGUUUUAAAAGGAACUACAGACAAACUAUAUAUAAUAAACUAAAUUAAAAAUAUAAGAGAAUUCUCAUCCAUAAAUCAAAAUACCGUAGCAACUAUGAUAUCGUAGGUCAUGAGAGGGCUGGACCAAACACAUAGCCUAUGACGCCCCAAACAUUCGUUAAUGCAAUCCAAGAUGACAGCCCCCUUAGUGUGCGAUGAAGGUUUUUAUUGAAAAUAAUGCACGAAUCCAUUACGCUGGAGAUCUUUUUUUUACCAAGUUAAGAAAGUAUAGAAGAUGAAUUCCAUUUUAAACAGAUACAUUCAUGUUCUUAAGAAGAGAAACCUUGAUAAACAUCUGCUUCAAACAAUUUUGGCCUCAAAAUACUUCAGUACAUCACCAUGGCUUUGGAAUAAGGGAAGACAGAAGCCAGAUCUCUCAGAAUUUCCACCAGAGCUGGUACGGAAUUUCAGUAUUAUUGCCCAUGUUGACCAUGGGAAGAGCACACUGGCAGACAGAUUCCUAGAAUAUUGUGGUGUUAUAUCGGUAUCCGCGGACAACAAGCAGGUGCUGGAUCGUCUGCAGGUGGAGAAGGAGAGAGGCAUCACUGUGAAGGCCCAGACAGCCUCCCUGUGUCAUACGUACAGUGGCACCCGUUACCUUCUCAACCUAAUAGAUACCCCUGGCCAUGUGGACUUCAGUUUCGAGGUUGCACGGUCUCUGUCUGCCUGUCAGGGUGUUAUACUGCUUAUUGAUGCUAAUCAGGGUGUCCAAGCACAGACAGUGGCCAACUUCUACCAGGCGUUUGAGCGAGACAUGCACGUGAUUCCCGUGCUGAACAAGAUAGACCUUCCCAAUGCCAGACCAGACAUUGUCAUGGAGCAGCUCCGUAGCCUUUUUGACAUUGCACCAAAAGAGGUUCUCAAGGUGUCUGCUAAACUGGGCAUAGGCAUAGGAGAGGUGUUGGAUGCCAUAGUUAAACGUGUACCUCCGCCCAAAGGUCAGUCUGAUAAGCCCCUGAAGUGUCUGAUGUUUGACUCGUGGUUCAUGCAGUACAAAGGGGUCAUCGCUAGUAUAGCUGUGAAAGAAGGAACUCUACGAAAAGGUGACUUUAUAACACUUCAUCAUUCCAAGAAAUCUUAUGAAGUGAAUGAUGUAGGGAUCAUGUACCCUACUGAAGAGUCAACGGGUGUCUUGUAUACCGGCCAGGUGGGGUAUGUGACUGCAGGUAUCAAGAACAUCAAAGACGCACUGGUUGGGGAUACGAUCUACCACACUGAUACCCCUGUGGAGCCCUUGCCGGGCUUUAAACCAGCCAAGCCCAUGGUGUUUGCUGGAGUGUACCCCGCAGACCAGUCCCAAUUGCCUGAACUCAUGGUUGCCAUGGACAAGCUGACUCUCAAUGACAGCAGCGUGGAAGUACACCAGAAUUUUAGUAUAGUGCUUGGCCAAGGUUGGAUGUUAGGAUUCUUGGGCCUGUUACACAUGGAUGUGUUCAUCACUCGCCUAGAUCAGGAGUUCAACCUGUCCACUAUAGUCACUACUCCAAAUGUCCCAUACCAAGUGACAAUAAAGGGUGAAAAGAAUAUCAAACAGUAUCGCUCUGAUACAGUAACUGUCCUGCAUCCAUCCAAGAUGCCAGAUAUACAUAUCAUCUCAGAGUUCAGAGAGCCCAUGGUUAGAGGCACGGUCCUGGCGCCAGCAGAAUUCCACCAAGACAUUAUCAACCUGUGCAUGAGCAGACGAGGAUCAGUACCUGAGCAGACGUUCAUUGACCAGACACGUAUGAUGAGCGUGUCCAAGUUACCGCUCAAUGAAAUACUCGUAGACUUCUUUGAUGAACUGAAGUCAAUCACAUCUGGUUAUGGCAGUUUUGAUUAUGAAAAUAUUGGCUACGAAGUGUCCGAUUUGAUAAAAAUGGAGUUCACCAUCAAUGGCAAGGAGGUUGAGGAGCUGACCAUGUUGGUUCACAGGACCCGGGCACGAGCCCUCGCUAAGACGAUCAUCGAGCGCCUAAAAGCCAGCAUUCCCCGGCAACUGUUCCUGAUCACUCUGCAGGCAAGGGGUGGGGGACAGAGUCUCGCCAAGGAGGAUAUCAAGCCAUGGCGGAAGGACGUCACGGCUAAAUGCUAUGGUGGUGAUGUGACCAGGAAGCAGAAGUUGCUGAAGCAGCAGGCAGAGGGCAAGAAGAAAAUGCGCCUCAUUGGAAACGUGGAAGUGCCUAGAGACGCUUUUAUCAACAUCUUAAAGAAGAAGUGAAGAAAAAGCUUUGUAACACUCUAAAUGUCACAUUUCAAGUAAAAUCUUCAUGAAACUUGAUCAGAAUAUUUCUUCUAAUGAUAUCUGGGCCAAGUUUAAAAAUUGUUCCAGUCCAUUGAAAAACAUAGCCACCAGGAACAGGGCAGUUUUCAAUAUAAAAUUGCUGUUGUGAAACCAGUGUAACCGUUUAAAAGUAACAGUUUCAGUUAAAUCAUCAUGAAGCUUUCUCAGAAAGUUCUAAUGUUAUCAGGGCCAAGAUCAAAACGGUUCCAAUUUGUUGAAAAACAUGGCCACCAGGGGUCGGGGCAGUUUUUAGCUUGGCUGUUUUUGGAGAAAACCCGAGGUAUUGUCAUAGCCAGCUCGUCGUGUCGUCCACCGUCCUCCGGCGUAGUGCUAAAACCUUGACAUUUUGCUCUUAAAUUAAAGUGCUUCCACCUACAACUUUUAAACUUCAUAUGUAGAUGCACCUUGAUGAGUUCAACACCCCACACCCAUUUUUGGGUCACUAGGUCAAAGCUUUCAUUUAUUUAAAAUUGCAUCUGCAGCCAAGCGUUGGCAACUGCUAUGCGGUGCUCUUGUUCUUGUAUGGCAUUAUCGUAACCUAGUUUACUCUCUUUAAGUUAUAUUUCUUACAUCUUCUUAUUAAGUCUUUACAAAUUCUCAGAAUAAUAUUUCAAUUGAGUUUGAAAAUGUUUACGGUGUGUUGAAAAAUAUCGCUGCUAUGAGAUGUUUUAGUUCAGCUUGAAAAUUUGGCUAAAAGGCUACCUUUUAACACAGAUUGAAGUUGCUUCUUUCUGAGGAUGAUAUCAAUCAGAAUAAUUUAGUUCCUUCGGGUCGCACGUGAGCGCCAUAGAGCCCUUGGGCCUCUUGUUUUAAUUAUUGCUGUACACGUUUUGUUGUAUGCUGAGAUAUGCAUUCUCUUUUAAAGCAGAACUAGAAUAAAAGUAUCGGAUAAAGAAGGA